AAUUUUCGACAGUACACUGCCUUUAUAAAAGCAGAAAGUGUUGAUAAAAUUUCUGCAUUCACUUUUGGAUAGCAGAUAGCAAUGUUACACUUACCUUUGUUGAUGAUUUUACGGUUUUCCACGUUAGCGCUACCUUUAUGUACCGGUCAAGCAUUGCAGCCGCAUACACAACAAAAUAUAUGGGAAUCAUUUGCACCGGGCGAACUUUUACGUCUUUUAGAACACUCCACUUACACAAUACCGUUUAAAUAUAACGCAAUAGCACAACGGCGGUCAGAUGAGAAUGCAGCAACACCGGAAAAAACUAUUUAUUCAACACCGAGGGAAAUACACAAGCGUCCCAAUACAUCGCCAGCAACAUCAACCGAUAAUACAUAUAGUGCGGAAGAUCAAUUAAAUGCACCAUCAAGCGCCGAGUUCAAUUAUGACCAGGCUUAUGAAGAUUUCGUACGCGAAUAUUUUGGCGAUAAACUAGCAGAAGAGAGCGAUUCAAAUGAGAAGAAUGAAGAAGAAGAAGAAGCACUUGAAGGGGAGGAAAGUGAAGAAUCGGAACAAUUGGAAACCGAACACAAUUCUUCAGCGGAAACGGAACUUUUGACAGGGGAAACGAAAAAACGCACACAACGUAGGACAAAAGAAAAAUGCCGGCACGUCAAAAAGCACAAGCAAAAUUGUAUGGUUUGCGAAAAUGCUCACACGGGCGAAAAAUCUGAAACAUGCUCUUUUUCGCGUGCAAGUGAACCGCAGCGAUAUGCUUUCCAAAAAGAAACAAGCUACAAAAAACAACGCCAUGAUGAUGAGCCCUCCUCGCAAAGCGAAGAACAAACAUCUUCCGAAGAAGCAGAAGUAGCGGAAGCAGAUACAAUUGUCAAAAAAGUUGACAAUAGAGAUUUUGUGAGCAAACGCGGCAACGAGAAACCGCCAAAAGAUAGUAGCACUUGCUUACAAUUAGUGAAGCGUGGAAAGAUUUGCUAUCAGUGUGUGGAUGGUGACGGCACAUCCACCAAAUGUUAUGUGCCCGCGAAAACGAGCAACGGCAGCAAUAAUAGGCAGCGUCCGGCCAAAGGUAACGAGCACAAAGUGCAAAAAGCUCAGCAGCGUAUUUACAAACGAACAAUUUCAUAUUCUUUUGAGAAGGGUACCAAUGGCACUAUGGAAAAUGCCACACCAAUUGAAGCGUCGCAGUUGGAAAAUACAACUGCCACAAUAAGCACACCACAUUUGAAGGAGAAGAUAUUCAUCAAGGUGAUAAAGCAAAAUGAAACCAUAGCGGAAUAA